AUGUUUGAAUGGAUGCCUAUUUUAAAAGGAAAGUAUUUCACAGCUGAAUAAUAUUUACAAAUAAUAGUAUUAGUCAAUUUGUUAAUUUUUGGAUUGAUUUUCUAUAAGUAAAAAUUCAAGAGCCUCCAACCCAUUACUAUUAAUUUAGCUAUUUUGUCUUUCUCUUGGUUUGGAGAUUUUAAGUACCUGUCAUUGGUUGUUCUAAUUGUUUACAAUAGAAGGUCACUCUCAAGGAUCACAAUAGUUGUAAUAUUGUAUUUGCUCACAUACGAUGUUUGUUUUGCAAUGCAUAACAUUAAUCAAGGGUUCAUCUUUAGUGUCGAUGGUGCUGCUUUCAGUACUUAAUUCACUAGGCUGUUUUAAGAGAAUAGGAAAUUUCAUCCGUAUGUAACUUUGACGCAAUAUCAUAAUGCAAUCAUUUUCAACUUCUAAAUUUAAGAUUAAUCUAAUUAUGCAGUCUAUUGCAACUCAGUUUAAUAGCGCAUUACACAUUCAAAACUAUAUGAUCGAUAUGUUUAUCACAGCGUCAUUCAGAUAGAUAAGAAGUCAAAUCAAAUACAGAUUUAUGAUGGUUAAAAAAUGAUAGGCGAAUAUUAUUACUUUGAUUUCAAUUCGACUAAUAUAACAAUAAUAGAUGGGGGUGAUUCAGGUUACACAGAAACAUCCAUUCAAAUUUGGAAACAUAUCUAGGCUGAACCAAAAAUCGAUGUAAUCAAUAUAGGAGGAGAUGUGGCAUAUGAUAAUGGAUUUGUCCAAUGCACAACCUGUUGGGAUAGAUUCUUGUCAUUAUAUGAGAGUGUAUGUAAAUCCAAAGGGAAACUGAUACCCUUAAUACUUUCAAUCGGCAACCACGACGUUGGAAGAGUCACUAAUCCUUCAUUGUUAUACGAUAAUUAAAUAAACUCAAAUGUACCCAAUAUAAUACAAAUGUUUCCAUAAUAAUUGAUCAGUAAACAAAUCCCUUAGAUUAGUGAUAGAACUUCGUAUUUUGUUCAUAGAAUAGGGCAUAUUAAUUUUAUAACAAUUGAUAGCGGGUACAUGACAAAUUCUGAGAGCCAAAAAGAGUUCUUAAAAAAUUCAAUCGAGAAAAAUAAAGUUAAUUUAGUUAGUUAUCAUGUACCAGUUGUUCCUCUGUAGGUAGAGGAUGAAAACUUUUUAUGGAAUUUGGGGGAGGAUUUAAAUAGAGCUGCUUUGGUUUUUGAGCAUCAUAAACAUAACUUUAAAAGAACUAAGAAAAUUUAAGUUCUUAAAUCUGAUAAUAAGAUUAAAGUUUUUCCAGGGAAUACUUAUUACGUUGGAAAUGGGGCGAUGGGAAUUUAGUCUGCCAAUAAGGUUGAGCAUUAAAUAGUAGAGAAAUCGAGUAGACAGGCUCAUUUUUGGGUGUAUAACUAUGAUAAUGGGUAGCAAUAUGUUUAUGCUGUAAAUAAGGAUGGAAGUAGGAUAGAUUACUUUGAAUUAGAUUAAUUUAAAGCGGCAUGA